AUGUAUAGACCCGAGUGCAUCGUGUACCUGCGUCUGGAUGCGUCUGGAUGCGUCUGGAUGCUGCCAUCCUUCUGACUGGUGAACUCGGCGUGGAACCUGUGUGCCAUGGGGAAGAAGCAGUCACCCGUCGACAUAGAAACCAGCCACAUGAUCUUUGACCCCUUCCUGACCCCGCUGAGGGUAAACACCGGGGGUCGCCGGCUGGGGGGCACCAUGUACAACACGGGGAAGCACGUCUCCCUGCGGCCGGACAAGGCCCACCUGGUCAACAUCUCGGGGGGCCCUCUGGGGUACAGCUACCGGCUGGAGGAGGUGCGCCUGCACUUCGGGAGCGAGGACUACCAGGGCUCCGAGCACCUCCUCAACGGACAGGGCUUCCCCGGAGAGGUCCAGCUUAUCCAUUACAACCAGGACCUGUACGCCAACUACAGCGAGGCGGUCCGGAGCCCGCACGGUAUCGCCGUGGUAACCAUCUUCAUCAAGCUGUCGGAGAACCCCAAUAUUUUCCUUAAUCGAAUGCUGAACCGAGACACCAUCACCAGAAUCAACUACAAACAUGAUGCUUUCCUCCUGAUGGGGCUGAACAUGGGGGACCUGUACCCGGACACCACGCGCUACAUCACCUACGAGGGCUCCGUCACCAUCCCGCCCUGCUACGAGACCGCCACCUGGAUCCUCAUCAACAAGCCCAUCUACAUCACGCAGAUGCAGAUGCACUCCCUGCGCCUGCUGAGCCAGCACGAGCCCUACAAGAUCUUCCUGAGCAUGAGCGACAACACGCGGCCGACUCAGCCGCUGCUGCAGCGCUGCAUCCGCACCAACAUCCAGUUCAGCAAGCAGGGCCCCCACUGCCCAACAACCGGGCCGUGAGGCCCCAGUACAGAGGUGAGCAGGGCCCCCACUGCCCCAACAACCGCGCCGUCAGGCCCCAGUACAGAGGUGAGCAGGGCCCCCACUGCCCCAACAACCGCGCCGUCAGGCCCCAGUACAGAGGUGAGCAGGGCCCCCACUGC